AUGGACUGCCAAAAGCAGACCGGCAGCGCCUUCUACCUGAGUCUGAACAUCGAACUCUACAACAUCCAGAUACUGUCUCCGACGAAGCCUUCGUUCCUGAGCCGAGAGGUCAAACCGGGCCUUGUCGAUCGGUAUGCCGAGUGUCCGCAAUGUCAUGUCCAGCUUUGGGCUAGUAACCACCUGGGUGAUGCAGUCGUUGAGCUGAGAGUUGGCACACUGGACUUUCCGUCGCUCAUGGAGCCGGAUAUACAUAUUCACGUGGAGAGUAAGCUGGACUGGGUGACUUUGCCGGAGGGCGCGAAGACGGCGCAAAGAGGCCAUGAUUACAAGAAGUCGUGGCCGAAGAGUAGUCUAAAGAGGUUAGAUAUCUGUCUGAAGAGAGCGGAAGAGGUGAAGAAGAGGAGGGCCGCUGCGAUAAAGGAGGGUGCCUAUGCAACGAUUGGAGAUGAGGAGAACAAGGAGGGUGUCGUGGCGAUCGAGGGAAGUGGAGAGGGUGACAAGACGCCAACCGCGGGGGAUGUUGGGGGCGACGAAGAUGAUGAGGCUGAGGAGCAGAGAUUCAGGGAGACUGAGAAGGCGUUGCUGGAGCGGUUGGAGCGGUUGAGUCUGAAACUGCAGAAUGAAGAAGGCACAAAGAAGGUGGUGGAGACGUGUCUAGAGGACUCGAAGAAGAGCCCAUAA